AUGAAGGAUGAAGGAACUACAUUUACUCUGAGAAGUUGGAAUCUGAAGCACACAUGCAAUGGAAAUAUUAAAGGGGAUAACAGAUGUGCAAAUCCAACAUUUGUAGCUGAUUGGUACAUGGAAAGGUUGGAGACUCUUGGCAACAAAAACAACAUCCCUGAUCCUGAGUCAUUGGCAAAUGAGUUCAACAAAACAAUGAAGAAUCAUUAUGGCAGCUAUGAGGAGCAGUACAAGAAAAUUCUUGCAUUCUGUGAAAUGGUGAAGGAAAAAAUGCCUAGCAGUGUAGCUAGUUUCUCAUAUGGAAGCACAGACAACACAUUCUUGUCAAUGACACUCUGCUUCAAGCCUGCUAUAGAAGGAUUCUUGGCUGGAUGUAGGAAAAUCAUUGGACUGGAUGCUUGCCAUUUGUAUGGGAAGUAUUGCGGUGUGUUAAUGGUUGAAACAGGUCUAGACGGUCAGAAUGGUUUAGUUCCUCUUGGUAUAAUGGUGUGUAGGAAUGAAACCGUUGAGAACUGGAAGAGAUUUCUCAAAGACUUGAAAGCUAUACUGGGUGAAGACUUGCAUUUCACCAUUAUAUCAGACAAGCAUAAGGGGAUUAGUGAAGCUUGUGACAAAUACUUCUGCUUGGAUGAGCACAGAUUAUGUUUCAGACAUUUGAUGAAGAAUUUCAAGAAGUAUUUCAAGUCAUACAGCUUACACACUCAUUUCUGGAAUGCUGCCAAAUGUUACAAGAAGAGACACUAUCAGCAACACAUGGAUAAAUUAUUUGCUGAGGAUGAUAAAGCUGCACUGUAUCUCCUAGAUCAAAAACCUGAAUGCUGGUCUAGGUCUCAUUUCUCAAAAAAUAGCAAGUGUGAGCACAUUAACAAUAAUUUCUCAGAAUAUUUCAACAACAUGGCCAAGCCCUUCAAGGAUAAGCCUAUCAUUACACUUGGACAAAUGUAUGCUAGCUUGGUGAUGGGUCUUUUCUUCAAGAGGAGGAAUGAAUGUGAAAAGUGGCAGGAUGGUCAGAUAGUGCCAAAGGAAAUGAAGCUGAUUACAAAGAUGCAAGACUUAACUCAUCUGUUUGAGUUAACUGGAGCUAUAAGGGGAAAGGUGUAUGAGGUCAAGAGUGUUCAUGAUGUUGUGUUUGUUUUGGAUCUUCCCAAAAAGACAUGUAGUUGUUUGCAGUGGCAGCUGAGGGGAUUUCCCUGUCAACAUGAUGUAUGUGCUUUAACACCUUUGAGACCAAACUGGGAUGACUACUGUGACCCUGUGUACAGUGUGAAAUAUUACAAAAAGACAUAUGCUCCAGAGAUUGAACCACUAUCAGCUGAAAUUGACUGGAUAAGAGCAUUAAAUAUAUUGGUAGAGUUCAUUAAUCCUCCUGUUAUCAUAAGGAAAACUGGAAGGCUAAGGAAGAAGAGGAUUCCUUCUUAUGAUGAAGCUGGAAGUGUGAAGAAAAUGAGAAAGUGUAAGAAGUGUGGAGUUUAUGGUCACUAUGCAGUAACUUGUGGUGGUGGAGAGGUUGGAAAGAAUCCAAAGGGAAAAAAGCCUAGAACCUGUGCAUCUACUACUACUAAGGAUGGAAUAAAGAACAACAACAGUUCCAAAACAUGUGUUGGUGAAUCUUCUAAACAAGGUGAUGCAAAAUCAGGCCAAGGGAGUAAGAGAAAGGCUUCUUCUCAACCUGCUUUCAAUCAGAAUAACAAACAUGUUGGAUCUGUCAACAACAAAGUCACCUUCACAGUUGCAGAUCCAAAGGGAAAGAGGAAGAAACCAAAGAAGUACAUGAAAAUCUGA